AUGGCGGGGCCCCCUUUGGGGGCCCCCGCAGGCGAAAGCGGUGUUGUGCCACAGGCAACAACACCGCCACCUGCUGCAGCACUUGCUUCAGAAGCUGAUUCAGAUGCAGUGACUGCCUUCUUCUGCAAGUCGGCUCCUCCUAUGCCAGAUCCUUGGCGUCCUCCUAAUGCGUGCGACGACCUCAUUGGUUUGCAUCCAGAAAGAGUAGCGUUUAUCACACAACAAGAGCAGCACUUCGCUGCUAGGCUGCGUUUGGCUGCGCUACGGCCAAAGGGUAUUUACGGGCCCGGUCUGUUGUCAAACACGCUGCCGCACCAGACAAAGUUCUUCUGUUUACAUCAGCCGCUGCCGCCUCUGCCUAUACCUGAAGCACAUCGCUACCACAACUUCACCUUGGUGGACUUGCUAGACCACGAAACCCCAGAACCUAAACCGGGGGGGGUUGCAAAUGAAGAACUUUCUUUAUUUGCCUCUCCAGCGGCAACGAAUGCUGCAAAACAGACAACUGGCACCAGCAGUAGCAGCAGCACCAGCACGGACAAGAGCAUCAAGACUACAGCAGCUACUGUUGCAGCCUUUCUACUCUCUGCUGCUCCUACAGCAGCUUUGGGGGAGCAUGCGUUUCGUAAGGUGCCUAUGCAGCAUCAGCAGCAGCCGCGCCCCGAACAGCAAGCUGCAGCGACGAGUAGUACUUUGCUCCGCUCCUUUUCUUCUCAAGGCUUCCGGCAGCAGCAGCUGCAGUACCAUCACAGCAGCAGCAGCAGUGCCAUAGGCGCAGCGUCGUCAGUCUCCAGCAGGAAGGGCAGAGCUGACAGCUACGUGAGCAGCAGCUCGCAGCGGCUACAGCAAAAGCAUUACCUGCAACAGCAGCAGCAGCCGAUGCACAUGCAGCAGCAGCAACAGCCUCAGCAGCAGUACAUGCAACAGCAGCAGCACUAUAUGCAGCCGCAACAGCAGUACAUUCAGCCGCAGCAGCAGUAUGUGCAGCCGCAGCAGCAAUACAUGCAGCCGCAGCAACAGUACAUGCAACCGCAGCAGCAGCACCAGCAAUGGAAUACAGUCUCUGAACCUGCUUUUGUGCUUAUACCCCUAGCUGCGGUGCAGCAGCAGCAGCUGCAGCUGUUGCAGCUCAAGAAUUGCUUCAAGAUAUGCUUUCUUGUGCAAGCCCUCAAGGAGGGGAAGAGGCAGGAAACGACAAAACAACAGCAGCAACAGCAACAACAACAGCAGCAGCAGCAGGAACAACAGCAGGAACAGCAGCAGCAGAGCUGA